GUGACUAUCUGGGUGGGGAGGCAUACUGGGCAGGCGGUCUGCACCUCUACACCCCUCUACCAUUAAGACCUGGCAAAGGAGGCUUUGGAGAUCUUUUUAGAAUGCACUUCUUUCUUAACGCUGGUAACCUCUGCAAUCUCAACUACGGCAGUGGUCCCCACGCACACUUUCAGAAACUAGUCGAGUGUAUCCGCUGGUCAUACGGAGCAGGUAUUGUGCUCCGGCUUGGAAACAUCGCCAGGCUAGAGCUCAACUACUGCGUGCCGAUGGGAGUUCAGAGUGGAGACAGGAUAUGUGAUGGUGUCCAGUUUGGAGCAGGAAUCCACUUCCUGUGACCUCGUUCACAGCCUUCACACCUCCAGCAGAGUUUGAUGUGAGAAGGAAGAGUGUUUCUGUCAUUUUUCACCUGUAACUUGUAAAGUGUGGAACAAUAGCAUGGGCCUGUGUUCUGGGGAAAUGAGCCUGACCUCCCCAAAUCUUCACCAUAGAUGCACCACUAAAGACUCUUUGGUACCAAAGUGCCAGUGUUGGGCUGUACAAAGUCAACAUCAGUUUAAGGUCAAACAUCAUCAGAAAUAAGGAUUUUUUUUUUGCACUGUCACUAUAAGAAAAGUGAGGGGACCUUCAAAAUAUUCUGCCAUAUUUUUUUCAUCUUUGUUUUACAGCCUUGCUUUGUCAGUAGUUGGUGAAACUCUUUGUUUUCCCAAACUGUUUCCUGUCAUGACAUAAUUAAAGGUUCGCAAAAAUGUU